AUGCUUAAUCAAAACCACAAUGCUCUAAAGCGCCCGCACUACCAUCCUGACAAAGCAUCGUCCGCUUUGGAUAAUGAAGGCAACUCUAAACGUCAAAGAAUUUCACCCACAUUUCCAGUUUCCAGUCUUCUCUACGAAACCUUCUUUACGUCUUGUAGAAAUGCGCUCACAACCUCUCGUAACACGCCGCAAAACACCACCAUUACGACGUCAUGGGAACCCGGCGAACAAAAUAGAUUCUUCAUUGCACUCGCUCGCUGCGGGAAACAUAACGUGGUAGAAAUUUCGAAACGCGUUGGCACCAAGAGCGUUUCUCAAAUUCUCUUGUAUAUUGAUGAAUUAGAAAAAGGUCUUAGACUGGAGAAGUUAAAAGAGAGAUUCGAAAAGGAAAAUAAAACAAGAAUAAAGAAUCGACGCCGAUUAUACCUCAAGAUGCAAGCAGCUCGAGAGAUGAGCGAUGAGUGGAUCGAGAUGGAGGAACGACGAAGUUUAGAACUUGCCGCGGUGGAUGAUGCAAAGGCGAGAAAACACGAGUCGAACGUGGCGGCAUCACGUAGAAUAACAUUAUCGUUGAACGAUUCUAUUCUGGAUUUGGAGACUGCGUCGUCGUUUGCGGAACGUGUUAUUGGUUCAGAGAAUGAUUGCAUGGUUUCCAGGCACACACUCGUACAGUUGCGAGCGGAACUGAAACGUUGGGUUUCAUUGAUUGUAAGAGAUAUAAUCGUUCUAAGACGUUUAAGAAGCGCGUCUAGUGAGAUUGAGGUUUGUGAAUUGGGAAAUUAG